CAGAGGACACAUGAUCAUGUCGACCAAUGUAGCCAAAAUAUUGUAGACAUACCGACUAUUCAUUGACAAACAAUAAUUAUAUUUUUCUUCAGAACUACAGGAAGCGAACAGCGCAAAAUGGGUUUGUUAUGUCUGCUGUCUGGUGCCUCCGGCCGCUCGUGUUUUAUCACUCAGCGAAUCUUAAAUGUUGCACAACUGAGGACUCUCAGGACAACUGCUAAGAGUCAUAUGCAAAAAGAACGACCUCAGUGGAUGUUUAAUUCUUCGGUUUACGCCCCCCAGAACCAGCCGCCACAACAGACUUAUCUUAGAUGUGUAAUGGGUCGAUGGAUAACGCUCAAGAGCAUGUGUCAGUUAAAUGAGAGCAAACUAUGGACCCGGUCGAGACAUGGACAAUGGAUUGACACUGUCAGUAAGGACUCAAGAAGGGGACUUUCCACCUAUUCCACAAACACAGCUGUUGCCAAAGACGUUAUCUUGUUUGAGCAUGACCGUACCAGAUUCUUCAGAUUUCUGGCUUUCUUCUGUGGGGGGCAGUUUCUUUUCUGGACAUAUCUGGCCCACUUUGCCUUCACUGGCUUGCGAGACACGAGGGGUGGCGCUAGUGAGGCAAAGACGGUUAGAGCUGAACUUGGGGGAUGGUUUAGUUUUGAUAUGAAUUUGGGAUCAAAUGCAUGGAGGUUUGGAUUUACCGUAGCAUGUCUGGCUAUAGGUGGCGGAAUAAUUGGACUGGGCGUUCUGUUCUGCCGUCACUCCGUCAGCCGUGUGAUUCUGCACAAAGGUGGCGGGAUGGUGACCGUGUCCACGCAGUCCCCGCUGGGCCUGAGUAACGCCAGGAGCAUGACCUUGCCCCUGUCUCAGGUGGCCUGUCAUGCGCACAGACACGAGUCCCCUUCUUUCAUACCUCUCAAGGUCAAAGGUCAGAAAUUCUACUUCCUGCUGGACAAAGAAGGGAAGAUAAACAAUGCAAAACUUUUUGACGUCACUGUUGGAGCAUACAGACCAUUUUAAAUGUUGAAUAUAUGCUUUUGUGGCCUCCAAAUGACAAAGAAAGUGAAAGACAGUAGACUUCUGUUGGUAAUUGAAACUCAGAAGUGGCCUAUGCUAUGUAAAUGCGUUGCAUUUGGCCCAGAUCUGGCCCUAAUGUGGCAUGGAUUUGGACCGGAUUCAUCUCAGUUUUCAAAACAAUGGUGUGAUGUUGCAGAGUGUGACAUAAUAGUCUGUGGAGAAAUGUUAUCCUUAAGUGCUGUGGAUGCCGACACUUGCAUUCAAUUAGCCUACAUUAUUGCCAAUACAACUCCGCACACCAGUGGAGGUGGUGGCAGAGUUUGAGGUCGGUGUGCGGAGUUGUAUUUAGAAUAGUGUUGUCAAGGUAGCGGAGUACGCCGCAUUCAUGUUGACACUGGUCUCCCCAACACUCCAUCCUGCCAAGUUGUCUUUUGGUACACUGUUUAUGUUUAUCCAUGAAUAAAACUAUUGCUUUUGAUGAUCCAUGACACUGAAUGUAAUCAAUGCCCAGAGGGAAGUAUAUGUUGAUAGGGCAGUUGUUUACAACAAAUGGUGUUUUGUGGUAUUGUUUUGUUACUUAAAUUGAUUCCACAAUUCAAACUAGAAACAUACAAUCUCUUUUAACCUUCUUCAGCCGUAAUACUCUACUAACUCUUCAGCAGAGUAUGUACGAGAGUACGUCCCUGAUGUUGUGAAACCAUAUUUACAUCAUAAGU